CGUGACAAUGACGUCACCUGGUCCACACCACGUGACCUUGACAUUGGUGUUUCUAGCGUCGCUACUGUGUCACGUGGUGCCAGUAGACUCACAGAUUCACCUUGACCCAGAUUCCCACGGUGCGUCCUUGGCCUUCGUCUUUGACAUUACGGGCUCGAUGUAUGACGACCUUGUGCAGGUCAUCAAGGGCGCCGCGGAGAUCCUACAAGACGCCCUGACGCGGCGAGAGAAACCCCUGCAGAACUACGUGCUGGUACCAUUUCAUGACCCAGUGGUCGGCCCUGUACUGGUGACGUCAGACCCUGAGCAGUUUCAGGCCGAGCUUCGUAACCUGUAUGUGCAGGGUGGGGGCGACUGCCCGGAAAUGAGCAUAACAGCCAUCAAGACGGCGCUAGAGGCCUCCCUGCCCCACUCCUUCAUCUACGUCUUCACUGACGCCAGGAGCAAGGAUUUCUACCUGACAGAGGAGGUGCUAGCAUUGAUUCAACUCAGGCAGUCACAGGUUGUUUUUGUGUUGACGGGAGAUUGCGGGGACCAACAUCACAAUGGUUACAGAGCUUACGAAGAAAUCGCUGCCACUAGCUCUGGUCAAGUGUUUUUGCUGCCAAAGUCACAAGUCAAUCAGGUACUCAGUUUUGUUAGAGUGGCAGUCCAAGCAAGAAAAGUCAAUUUACUUUCAAUAAAUGAGGAUGACGAGAAAACUCAGGAGGUUAAUCUUCCAUUAGAUACACACCUCAAAGAGGUCACCGUAUCAGUGAGUGGGGUCAAUCCUAAAAUUGUUCUAAAAGAUCCUGAAGGAAACAGAAUGACCCUAGAGAACGGACUAACUGAGCUACUAUCUUUGAAAAAUGUCUCCAUUGUGAAUAUCAAAGAUCCUGUGCCAGGAAACUGGCGACUUCGUUAUAGCAGUGAGGGAGGUCAUACAGUUAGGGUUACAGGCCUAAGCAGCGCAGACUUUGUCACAGGUUUUUCAAAGUACCCAACCAAAGACUUAACUCAGACUAACCUCAGGCCUAUACAAGGGAUCCCAACUCAUGUUUUGAUUAAUUCUACCGGUAUCAAAUUUCCUUCUGUUUUGACUGACCUUGAACUUGUUGAUCUCAGAGGCAACACCAUUGUGAAAUACCCAUUGUCUCAAGACUCAAAUGUUGAAUCUUUAUAUAAUGUUACAUCAUUUGUACCCCCUGAUCAGUACUUCUAUGUCAAGGUUACAGGUACUGAUGAUUUUGGCUAUGUUAUGCAAAGAACCACACCGACUGCCUUAAGCCCACUGGCGGCUAAGGCACCCAGUGUUUUUAUGCCAGAAACUACUCAUGGAUUUUUUAACACAACAACCAUAGUUACAUGCAGAGUUGUCAGCCCUAUAUCAUAUACUGUGCAAUGGUGGUAUCAAGGGAAGCAACAAGGCUAUGAUCUCUUCUUUGAUGACCCUGCCAACGCAACACUAGAAAUUCAAAGAGCAAGCAGCCUUGUAGAAGGAGAUUACUACUGCAAUGCCACCAACUCUGCUGGCUCACAAGUUACAUCGACAUACUUAGACAUAAGUGAUCCCCCUCCUGUAAUAAUCCCCCCACAGAAUGUCUCAGUUUUACCAGGAGAAGUUGCCACGCUGUAUUGCAAUGUUAUUAGCUCAGUCCCAUAUAAUUUGACAUGGAGGAGGAAUGGCUACCCAGAGAAGAACAUCCUUGAUCCACGGAUACGCCACUAUAACAAUGACACUCUUGUUAUUUUUAAUGUUGGUGAACAAGAUGAAGGAAGCUACAGUUGUAUGGCAGUAAAUGAGGGUGGUUUCACUACAGAGAAGGUCUUCCUCAGACUUAAAGUUCCACCUGUGGCUGACAUCUCCCCCAGAGAGCAGACCUACACUACAGGAGCAACACGCAACAUUACCUGCACAGCUACUGGAUUUCCUGAACCUACCUUUCAGUGGCUUCAAAAUGGUGACCCAUUUCCAACUGGUGGCCGUGUGCUGAUAGAUGGAGGUUUUAUUUCCUUCCAAAAUCUUAAAGCAUCUGAUGAGGGGACGUAUGACUGUCUGGCCUCAAACUCUGCUGGCUCUAGUCUUAUGCGCACAAGAUUGACUUACAUAGAGGCUCCACGCAUCAGAGAGUUUGAUAAAAAGCUUUUGGUUGCCGUGGGGGAUGAUGCUCGUCUGUACUGUUUGGCUGAGGGUAUCCCACUACCUAACACAACCUGGUACAGAGCAGAUAGGAUGCUCCAGUCUGUCUAUAAUGUGGAUGUGACCAAAGCUGGACAACUCCUGAUAACCAAUGUCCUGGAGUCAGAUGCUGGUCAAUACAGAUGUCUUGUUCAGAAUGAAGCAGGUUCAGACUCAGCUGAGCUCACUCUAGAAGUUGGAUCACCACCAGAAAUUGUUCAGCCACCUGAAAAUACUGGCAUUGACAUAGAGAACAAUGGCUCUCUUCCUUGUCAUGCCACUGGCAGGCCAGCACCUAAGAUCAGCUGGAGAAGAGGGGAUGGCAGGCCCAUUGAUCUAGGUGGUAGAUUCAGACAGCAGCUCUCUGGUAGUCUUGAUGUCUUUAAUGUUCAGCAAGGAGAUGAGGGGGUCUUCACUUGUGUGGCACAAAAUUCUUUUGGCACCGUUGAAUCUGCAGCCUUUGUCAGCGUUACUGGAAUAGUACGCCCUCUGAUUGAAUAUACCAAUCCGUAUGUGAAGGUGAUAGAGGGAGAGACAGCUGAGCUGGAGUGUAACAUUUUAGUUGGAAAACCUAAGCCUAAGCUUGCUUGGCUCCGUAAUGGGAAGCUAGUGCGAGAAACAGACAGGUUGCACAUGCAGGAUGGCAAUAAAAUAAUCAUCACCAAUGCCAUGGAGGAGGAUGAUGGAGACUAUGUGUGUGUGGCCAGUAAUAUUGGAGGAAAUGAGACUUAUAAUGUCAAUUUGGACGUUUUAGUGCCACCAAAACUUCAACAAGAGAUUGAUUUGGAUUUCCAGACCAACUUUUCUGUAACUCAGGGCCAGGGCAUCACUCUACCAUGCAGUGUAACAGCUGAUCCACCCGCAUCUAUCACUUGGUUCAAAAGUGGAAGUAAAAUAGAGUUCACUGAUGUACGUUAUUUAAUCAGAAGCGAUGGUGCUUUGGAGAUUUUUGGUGCUGAGGUUUCUGAUGCUGGCCAGUUUAGAUGUGUAGCUUCAAACAGUGCAGGGAAAGUAGACAAAGAUGUGACUCUCUUUGUUGAAGUUCCACCUGCCAUAGCGGGUGAGUAUGAAGAAACAAUUGAGGUGAUUGUUGGAGAAUCUGUGCUACUACCUUGUGAGGUGACAGGAAGUCCACAGCCAUCCGUGUCGUGGAACCAGAAUUUCCUGCCGCUAGUCCCAGACUCUCCAAGGAUGGAAGUACAGGCCAGUGGGCUGUACAUCUCAGAGACCCAAUCUUCAGACAAAGCCUUCUAUGAGUGUGUGGCCACCAAUGUUGCAGGGGAGCGCUCUAAGAUCUUUUCACUUGCCGUCUAUAUUCCACCCACAAUAGAAGCAGGGCCAACAGAUGUUACAGUGCUGUAUGGUCAAUCUGCUGUGCUGGAGUGUGAAUCCUCUGGUGACCCCCAGCCUGCUGUGCUAUGGAAGAAGGACGGUGUUGUCCUGGAUGCUGAUGAUGUAGAUAGAGGCUACUUUAUGUCACCCAGAGGCUCAUUGACCAUUAGCUCAGCUGAGCUCACUGACAGUGGCGACUACACGUGUACAGCUACAAAUCCUGCUGGUGUUAUCUCUAGAGGCAUUUACCUUACAGUCCACGGUGCUCCAGAAAUUCAAGGACUUUACACAGAAUAUAAUGAAGUGGUUGAAAAGAAUCCAGUUAUUCUCUUUUGUCCUGCUGUUGGCACACCAAAGCCUACAAUUACUUGGUAUAAAGAUAAUGUUCCCAUUUCCCAUGAAGAAGCUGGUACCACUCAGCUUGAAGAUGGCUCCCUGGAAAUUGACAACACUAAAGCCGGAGACUCAGGAAAAUAUGAAUGUGUGGCUGAAAAUGUUGCUGGCAUUGCCAACAGGAACUUUGAAUUGAAAAUUUUAGUCCCUCCAAAGUUAACUGGUGCUGGUGGAUCGGGUCUUCCUGAAAGGUCAAAGGCGACAGUUCAAAGAAAUGUCACCCUGCUAUGUCCUGUGUCAGAUGAAACAGACCCUCCUCCAGUGAUCACAUGGUUCAAGGACAAUAAAGAGCUAAAAAUAGAUGAGAGGAUGACUUUAGCUAACCAUGGGAAGUUGCUGACCAUUUACCAAGUGGCAAUAGGGGAUGAAGCUCGUUAUCAUUGUAUGGCCACUAAUGUAGCAGGAACAGUCAAGAAGGACUUUAACCUGGAAGUUGAUGUACCUCCAAGUGUAGAUGAGUCAGGACUGUCCCCUGCUAAUCAAAGUGUCAUCUCUGGGCAAACAUUGUACAUCAAUUGCCCUAUCCAAGGGAAGCCACCUCCACAGGUCAGGUGGCUAAAAGAUGGAGAGCCUUUAUCUCUAGAUGCAAGCAUCAGGUUACAUGGGGAAGGUCGAAGGUUAGAACUCUUCAAUGCUCAAGUCACAGAUAAAGGUCGCUAUGUCUGUAUUGGAGAAAAUAUAGCAGGGCAGACUACCAGAGAUUUUGUUGUUGAUGUUUUUAUACCCCCAAAAGUUGAUAGGGCUGGGUUUCCUGAGGAUCUUGAGGUCAUUGAAGGAAGCAGUGUUAAACUUACCUGCCCAGCAUCUGGCAUUCCUCUACCCAAAAUAACAUGGUUUAAACAGGAGCAGCAUAUCAAGGCUAACUCUUCCAAGUUGACACUUUUGGAUUCUGGAUGGACACUUGAAAUUAAUGACGCCAAUGUUACAGAUGCCUCCAGAUAUUACUGCAGAGCUGAAAAUGUAGCAGGGCAGUCAGAGAAAGUUUUUGAUAUUGAUGUUUUAUUGCGUCCAACCAUAAACAGAGACAAUAUUGACUUGAAGCCAGAGGCCUCUGUAAACAACUCAAUUGCUUUCAACUGUCUUGCCACUGGAAAUCCUUCCCCUGAAAUCCUCUGGUAUAGAAAUGGUGUUUUGCUUGAUGCAUCCAUCCAUCCUCGCCAUGAGAUAGUAGCUGGUGGCAGGCAGCUUCGUCUUUACUCUGUACAAGUAAAAGACACGGGUCGUUACACAUGCUCUGCCAAAAACAGAGCUGGGAAAGAGGAAAUUGACUUUGAUUUCUUUGUCACAGUCCCUCCCAGAAUCAAUCGCCAAGGAAUUAAUUUCCACCAAAGAGUUCUUGUCAACAGCAGCAUUACACUGCCUUGCCCAGUCUCUGGUAUUCCCCCACCUACAAUCAACUGGUUGAAGGACAACCAACCAGUAGAGGAGAAAGCAGGAAUAGUUGAGAGGAGAUCAAAUGGCACAGAACUAGUCAUACUGCAAGCCAGUCUUGUGGACACUGGGCGCUACAGAUGUGAAGUCUUCAACCAAGCAGGAGAAGACAGCAUCAGUUUAAAUCUCAAUGUGCAGGUUCCAGCAAAUAUUCCAGUGGAUGGAAUCAACCCAGAAAUAGUUGUAGUUGAAAAUGAAACAAUCACAUUAGAGUGUCCAGCCCAGGGUGUACCAGAACCCUCCAUUGUGUGGUACCUGAACAGUCAGCCUCUAGACCCAGACUCCUUGCCCCACCUGAGCAGCACUGACUCGGGCAAGAGGCUGGUCAUCUCAAACAGUCACGUCUCAGAUGCUGGCAUCUAUUUGUGUAUUGCCUCCAAUCAGGCUGGUGAUGCUGAGCUGACUUACAAUGUUGAAGUCUGGGUUCCCCCUGUGAUUGACCACACAGCUCUGGAUACUAAACCUCGGUUCCUAUUGGGUCACACCAUUUCUAUCAACUGCCCUGUUACUGGCAUACCAUUUCCAACUAUAACCUGGCUGAAAGAUGGACAAGAAAUUCCUGACCAGCCCCGUAUUCAGAUAGUUAGCAAUGGUCUCCAACUGCGUAUAGCCCCCAGUGAGGAGGGAGAUACUGGCAUGUAUUCAUGUGUUGCUAUGAGCCCUGCUGGGGUUGACAAAGCAGAUUUUGACCUAGCUGUUCAGCUUCCCCCAUCAAUUGAUGAAUCCAAUGUGGUUUACGAUCGUAAAGUAAAUGUAGACAGAAAAGUUCAACUGGAGUGUCCAGUUCAUGGUAUCCCCAUUCCCACAGUGGAAUGGAUGGUCAAUGGAGCUCCAGCCCAAAACUUGGAUCAUCUUGUGUUUCUCAAUAAUAACAGAAUCCUUGAAAUUGAUAAAGUUAGUGUAGGGGACACUGCUUCUUAUACCUGCAUAGCCACAAAUGAAGCUGGGCAAAUUGAAAGAAUAUUUAACUUAGAAGUCUUAAUUCCUCCCAGUAUUGAGCGUAAAUCUGUUGAGAAGAGCCUAAGUGUGGUACAAAACAGCACUGUUAGACUGCACUGCCCAGCCACAGGAGUACCAGAGCCAGACAUCUUGUGGAUGAAAGACAAACAACCCAUUUUAGACUUCCCAUACAUUGAUAUGCGAGUGUUGAAUGAUGGCCAGACCCUAGAACUCAGCAAUGCCCAGCUUGAAGAUGCUGGUAACUACAGCUGUAGGGCAAUAAACCCUGCUGGAGUGGAUGACAUGGAUCUUACUCUUCAAGUUUUUAUUCCUCCUCUGAUUGGCAAGCCAACUCCAGAUAGACUCCAUGUACAUCAAGGUCAAUCUAUAUCUAUGAGAUGUGCAGUCAUAGGCAAUCCUGAGCCAACAAUUUUAUGGUUUAAAGAUGGAGCUGUUAUACUUGAGGAAGAGAAUGGACGCAAGCAGAUUUUAGACCACUCCAUGACCCUACAAAUAGUGGAUGUCCAGCCACUGGACAGAGCCAGGUACACCUGCCAUGCUGAGAACCAGGCUGGAUUUGCAGAAAAAUAUUUUGACCUGGAAGUUUAUGAACCUGCAAGAAUUAAUGGUUCUGGCAAGAGAGUGGAGAUGCCAGUCAUCUUAGACCAGGAGGUUGUACUCAACUGUCCAGCCGAAGGGGUGCCUACACCAAGCAUCACUUGGUACAGAAAAAAUGUCCUCAUUCCUGCUUAUGGCAUGGCCAACAUUCGAAUUCAGGAGACAGGCAAGCAGUUGGUGAUCUUAUCAGCCCAGCUGUUAGACUUUGGAGAUUAUUCCUGCUACGCUAGAAAUGAUGCAGGAGAUGACAGACUACAGUUUAUUGUAUCUAUUAUGGUUCCACCAGAGAUAGAGGAAGGCCAAACUGAAGUAGCUGAAAGUGUUAACUCCAGAGCCAUUUUACCAUGUGAAACAAGUGGUCAGCCACCUCCCACAGUCACCUGGACCAAAAAUGAUCAACCCUUCCCUGCAACUGGACUUCGCCACAGAGUACUGCCCUCAGGUUCUCUAGAAUUUAUGAUAGUCCGCCUGGAAGAUGAUGGUGUUUAUACCUGCAAUGCCAGUAAUGCUGCGGGCAGCGCUCACAGAUCUGUCCAGCUCUAUGUUAGAAUUCCUGCCAAGAUUGUAAGUCGAGGCCAACCAACAGUAAGGGCAUCAGAGGGAGAGGCUGUCAUAUUAAGUUGUCAAGUGGAAGGUUUACCAACUCCCAACUUACAGUGGCUGAAAAACAGAAUACUUCUGAGUCCAGACAGACGUAUAACGCUGAUGUCCAAUGGAUCUCUGUACAUAUCCGUACUGGACAGGAAGGAUGCUGGUGUGUACACUUGUCUGGCUGAAAAUAAUGCUGGCAGUGAUGCUAAAGACAUACGUCUUAGGGUACAAGAGCCCCCAGAGCUGCUUGUUGGACAAACUGAGUUCACUGUGCUACAGAAUAGAACAAUAGUCCUGCCAUGCCAGGCUAAUGGCCGACCUAAGCCAAAAAUUACUUGGGAAAAAGAUGGACAGGAUAUCACCCUAUCAACCAGUCAUAGACGUGGCUCAGGCAGGGUGCACUACAUCACUCUUCAGAAUGGAAAUUUAGCUAUUCCACACUCAAGAGCUGAAGAUGUCGGUACAUACACGUGUACAGCAGAAAACAGUGCUGGGCGAAGAAGUCAAACCCUUAAGCUCUAUGUUCAUGUGCCACCUAUGAUAGAGUCAACAAAUCGCCAGUUUACAGUUUCUGUUGGAUCCAACGUUGCCUUGCCUUGUAAGACUACUGGUAUCCCCACACCUACUAUUAACUGGACUAAGGACAGACGUAGAAUAGAUUUCAGGAGCCCCAAGUUUAAAGUUGAACAAGAUGGACGUUUAUUUAUAAGCAACAUAAGUGCUGAGGACACUGGUGACUAUGUUUGCACAGCAGAGAAUAGUGCAGGAACAGAUUCACAGAGCCGGCUUGUUAGGGUUCAGGUUCCACCUGUGUUUAUCAAUGUACCUAGAGAUAGAGAGCUGACUGUCAACAGUCGUUUCCAAAUGUCAUGCUCAGCAAAAGGUUCACCCACUCCGUCUAUUACUUGGAAGUUGAAUGGGAAGACAUUGGCAGCUCCUGCCAGUGUGAAUGGGGCCAGCACCAUAACAGUGAGAAAUGCUAUGAAGGAAGAUGCUGGAGAGUAUACCUGUAUAGCUGCUAACCCUGCUGGUCAGCUCAUCACUGCCAGCGCUAGAGUCAUCAUUAAAGUCCCACCUCGUGUGAUUGUACCACCACUUGACUGGGCUGUGAAGAUUGCUGAGAAAGUGGUUCUGGACUGCUCUGUUGGGGGUGACCCUGCUCCUGAAAUUGUCUGGACCAAAAAUAGCCGACCUGUUGAGCUGGGAGAUAGAAUCCAGCAACUGGAGAAUGGCUCUCUCAUUAUUUAUGAUGCUACAGCGUCAGAUGCUGGCAAAUAUAAAUGUAUUGCUGUAAAUGAUGCUGGGACAUCAGAGGCACAGUCUGUUGUAACUGUCAAAUCGGAACCAAAAUUUAAAAUUGAGCCCAGCAAUGCUGUAGUUGAGGUAGGGGAGACCACCUUGUUUGACUGUACAGCUGAGGGUGUGCCAGCUCCCUCCAUGUUUUGGUGGAAGGAAAAGGUUGCCAUAGUGACAGGAGGGAGGAUUUCAGUCCUGGCAAACAACACCUUAAGGAUUGUGGCCACCCAGCAGUCUGAUGGUGGCCUGUACAGAUGUUUUGCAAGUAACCCACUGGGCAAGACAUUUGUGGAGACCUACCUUAAUGUGGUAGUCCAUGGAGAAUAUUCCUCCUGGGGUCCGUGGGGCCAUUGUAGUGCCAGCUGUGGCAGAGGUGAGCACUCAAGGGUCAGGAGCUGUGACAACCCAAGGCCAGAGAAUGGUGGCAGGAACUGUGUGGGGCCCAGUGUUGAAGUCUCCAGCUGUAUGAUAGAAGCAUGCCCAGUCCAUGGCAACUGGGGAGCCUGGAACUUGUGGUCAGAGUGCAGCCUAACAUGUGGAGGUGGCCAUCGGAGAAGAAUACGAGCUUGUAACAACCCAGCUCCCAGUGGCAGUGGUCAGCCUUGUAUGGGCAGCGCUGAGGAAACAGAGAAUUGCAAUAGCCAACAAUGUCCAGUUGAUGGCAAAUUUUCUGACUGGUCAGACUGGUCAGUGUGCUCUGUAACCUGUGGUCAAGGCACUCAAGUCAGAUCUAGAAAUUGCAUUCAACCUUCCAAUGGUGGCAGGAGAUGUUGGGGUGAUACUAAUGAAGUCAUGGAGUGUAGCCUGCCUCCCUGCUCUAAAAUUCCUCUGAGAGGUAAAGGCUAUGUACUAGGCAUCAUCAACAAUGUGGAUAUAGCAGACACAACUAUUACAGCAGAGAUCAUUCCAAGAGAGAGUGGCAGCACUAGAGUACAAGCUUCAAUUACAGCCAUUCCACCUGAUGCAGUUGACUCCAUGCAGCACCUAAUAUCUCUGUUGACACCUGUCUACUGGACAACAGCACAAGAGAUUAAAGGAGCAGCCAAUGGUUACACUCUAACUGAAGGAAAAUUUAGUCGAGAAGUGCAGGUGGAGUUUGCUACUGGUGAAAUUCUGAAGAUGUCCCAUUAUGCCAAUGGGGUGGACAGUGAUGGAAUCCUGCAGUUUGACAUCAUCAUCAGAGGAGAAGUGCCAGACCUAGGAACUGUUAGUAAAGUACAUCUUGCCCCUUAUCAAGAGGAAUACAUUCAAACUGGCCCAGGCACCAUCUACGCCCACUCUUCCCGUUUGUUCAGUGCUGAUGGAUUCACUCUGCCCUAUGCAUGGAAUCACACCAUCACUUAUGAGUCAUCAGGCCAAAUGCCAUACCUGGUCCAGGUGUUAAGUACAAAAGAUCUGCAGGUGGAGGCCAUACCUGAAGAGCAAACAAUAAAUUUUGUUCUAGAUGCAUCCAUUGCUCCAGGUAACCCCAGCAAUAGAUGUCCCUCAGGGUUUCAGCACGAUCCACACGAAUCAUUUUGUAGAGAUGAUGAUGAAUGUGCAGUGUCAAGUCCAUGUAGCCACAGCUGUCACAACACACCAGGCAGCUACUCUUGUUCUUGUCCCCCUGGUUUCUUGCUGACUUCAGAUGCUCACACUUGUCAAGAUAUAAAUGAAUGCGCUCAAGCAUCAACAGACUGUGGGCCUAGCAUGGAAUGUAUAAAUACCCCUGGUUCAUUUAGGUGUGUCAAUGCCUGCUCUGGAGGGUUCAUGCCAGAAGAAAAUGGUGACAGGUGCAUUGAUAUCAAUGAAUGUGAUUCUGUCCCUGAAGUAUGUGAACACACAUGUGAAAAUCUGGUGGGUGGCCACAGAUGUUCCUGUCUGCCAGGGUACAGGCUGGCAGAAAAGGGAAGAUGUAUCGAUGUGGAUGAAUGUGAAGAGGGCAGCUCAGCAUGUUCCCACCGAUGUACAAAUACUCAAGGCAGUUUUGUUUGCUCAUGUCCAGCUGGCUACAAGUUACUCAAUGGUCGAGUGUGUAGAGAUAUCAAUGAGUGUGUAGAAGUGAGAAACAGCUGCAAGCCACAAGAAGAGUGUGUCAACAGUGAUGGCAGCUUCAGUUGUAUCAGGUCUUGUCCUGCUGGGUACAGGCGCACAGCUUCUGGCCAAUGUCAAGACAUUGAUGAGUGCAGGUCACAAAACAGCUGCUACUACAACCAGAGGUGUGUCAACACAGAGGGCUCCUACAGGUGUGAGUGUCCUGAGGGGUUCAAGUUUCGCGGCAUUGGCCUUAGCUGUCUUGAUGUGGAUGAGUGUGUUGAGAAUCCUCGCGUCUGCAGUUAUAUCUGUCGCAAUACUUGGGGCAGCUAUGAAUGUUUGUGUCCACCUGGACAAACUCAGCUUGCAGACAGGAAAUCUUGUGCUGGUCUGGAGUUUCUUGAGCCAGGUCGGGUCCUCCCAGCAGAGCAGUCGAACAUUGAUGAUUUAAUUUCUGAGCAAAAAAUUCACACUCCCAGAGAAGGUUUCAGACACUCUGGGACCCUAGCACUAACCUCAGAGACCAGAGACAGAAAUAGAAAACUGAUCAGAAGACGUCCUGUGGUUAAAGAGAGUGGCCCUGUUCUCAUCUCUGAAGACAGAAGAAAUGAAGGCUUUUCUGCUCUAGAGAGAAGAGACCAAGACACUGAAUACUACAGAGCUCAGCCCAAACUAACCACUCCGAGUAAUGAGAAAUAUUACCUUCCAACACCUCGCCCUAAGCGCUGGAAGUCCAGGUUUCGCAGAAGUCUUGAUCUUUGCCAAGAAGGGUACACACAAGACCCUCUGAACAAGUCACAGUGCAUAGAUCUUGAUGAAUGUGCAGAAGGGAGGUCACUGUGUCAGCACAACUGUACAAAUACAAGGGGAAGCUACAAAUGUUCCUGUCCACAAGGGUACAUGCUUGACUCUGAUGGUUAUUCCUGUAAAGAUGUCAAUGAGUGUGUUAGAGAUGAAAUAGACUGUGGGCCUGAGAAAAUGUGUUUCAACCAAAGAGGAUCCUACACCUGUAUAGAUAUACCUUGUCCACCCGAUUAUGCAAGGGACCCAACUACCAAAUUCUGUGUGUUAGAGUGUGUCAACCCAACCAUCCCCUGUCCUCCUGGAGCUAAAUAUGCAGAUAUCAUAGAGUUUAAAACUUUAGCUCUUCCUGGGGGAAGUCAAGCAAGACAGGAUUUGAUUAGGUUGACAGCAUACAAUCAGCAUGACCAAUACCUGCCUCAGACAAUGUUCACCAUCCUAAAGAAUGACCCCCACCUAGAGUUCUCCAUCAAGACAGAUGAGGGUCGAGGUAUUGUAUACACCAUGGAGCCUCUACAAGACAGUUCUACUUAUAGAAUAAUGGUCCGGGCAAAAUCAUAUGACAACUACAGACGUCAUAUACAGUAUCAAACUACAUUUAUUAUACAUAUUUCAGUUUCAGCUUAUCCUUACUAAGUUUUUUUAUUGUACAUCAAUUUGUAAAUGUCAUCAACUGAUUUGGUACAUGUUUUAUAUAAUGUAUAUAUGAAAUGUAGCUAGCAAGAUUUGAAAGAACUGAAUGAUAUGAAAGAUGAUCGGCUGAACGAAGGGUGCUUAGCUGUGUAGCCUUUGUAGAAUGUACACCACUUGAACAUCUACAUUAAUUUUUUAGUCAUUUUUUGUGGGACAACAUUAAUUAUACUAUACAUAGACAAUGACAUCAACUUAAUUUUUUACAAAAAUAAAGUGCUAUGAUGUAUUGUAAAUAAUCAAAUCACGAAACAUUGUUAAUUUUUUUUAAUCACUUUCACCAGACGAAUACAUCUU